UAAAAAUAUAUUAUUUCCUUAUAAAAAUAUAUUAAAAACUAUUUUUCUAUAUUUGAAUGAUCAUUGAAUAGGCCUUCAAAUAUCUGUCAAAACACUUCUCGACGAAAAUGUGAAAAAUGAAAUCCGAUUCGCAAACAGAUAUCGAAAUCAUAUGAAUAAACAGCCGAUGAUUGUUGUCUUCACUUCAGACCACAAACAAAAUUCUUCGUCUAAUAAACUCAAAGAAUUCAAUAGUAAAUAUGAUUACGGAUUCUCAGCACUGAAUGGCGAGAACUCGGAUGCGAUUGAAUUGAAUGAAGACUUGAAUCCAUCGCCGGACCCAUCACUCACAGCAACCAAUCAAUCAUUUAUAGUGUCAGAUAGUGUGCCAUCAAAUGGUGGCACAUCUUCUCCUUCUUCUUAUACGCCAAACAGCGUCUGCAGCGGUCGUCAGCUCUCUAUUGAUUUCGAGAGCAUCGGCUGGUCGUCGUGUAUAAUAUCCCCAAAA